CAGGGCUGUUGCUGGCCGGGGAUUGGAGGCGCUCCGUCCCCUCCCAGAUCCGGGGAGGGUCCCGGCCCCCCCCAGGGCUCCGCCGCUCACCUGCCACCCUCUCGUCCKCCUCCGCCUCGCACGGGGGUGGCGGGGAGCGGAGUGCCGAGCCCCCUGUCGCCGGUGUGUGCGGGCGGCUGCGCCCGGGGCACCAGCCUGUCUGCGGGACGGAGGCAUGCGGGGCUGCGGGGAGAGAUGUUCGUCCCCCCGGUGCUUGCGUGCGGGGCUGAAGAGUGGGUUAUAACGUGGACACCUCCCUUCUGCUGUCUCUGGAGCCCCUGGGGACCGGGCUGUUGGAAUGGUUAUUCGGUUGCCUUGGAGAUGAUCCUGCUGCUGUAAAUGUAGGGCUGAAGAUUAAUGGUGUGGGCAGUAUGGACCUAAUGAACGGACAGUCCAGCAGUGUUAAUAUUGCAGCUACUGCUUCAGAGUGUUUUUGUUUGUUUCUGCAGAAGAGUAGCAGCUCCGAGUCYUUGAGUGACAAGGGUUCAGCUGAGCUGAAGAAGAGCUUUGAUGCAGUGGUAUUUGAUGUUCUAAAGGUUACACCAGAGGAAUAUGCGGGUCAAAUAACACUAAUGGAUGUGCCUGUAUUUAAAGCAAUUCAGCCAGAGGAGCUGGCAAGCUGUGGCUGGAAUAAAAAAGAGAAAUACAGUUCUGCACCAAAUGCUGUUGCUUUYACCAGAAGAUUCAAUCAUGUAAGCUUCUGGGUUGUUAGAGAGAUUCUGCAUGCACAGACUCUAAAAAUACGAGCUGAGGUUUUGAGCCACUACAUUAAAACAGCAAAGAAACUGUAUGAGCUGAAYAAUCUCCAUGCUCUCAUGGCAGUGGUGUCAGGCCUGCAGAGUGCUCCGAUCUUCAGGCUGACCAAGACGUGGGCGUUACUCAGUCGGAAGGAUAAAGCCACCUUUGACAAACUGGAAUAUGUUAUGAGUAAAGAAGAUAAUUACAAAAGGCUCAGAGACUAUAUCAGCAGCUUGAAGAUGACUCCUUGUAUUCCCUAUUUAGGUAUUUAUCUGUCAGACUUGACAUAUAUUGACUCUGCCUACCCCUCAACAGCGAGCAUUCUGGAGAGUGAGCAAAGAACAAAUUUAAUGAACAACAUUCUYCGAAUUAUCUCAGAUUUGCAGCAGUCGUGUGAAUAUGAUAUUCCUAUGUUGCCUCAUGUCCAAAAAUAYCUAAACUCAGUUCAGUACAUAGAAGAACUACAAAAGUUUGUAGAAGAUGACAAUUACAAACUUUCAUUAAAGAUAGAACCAGGGACCAGCACCCCCCACUCUGCAGCUUCCAGAGAAGAUUUAGUAGGCCCUGAAGUUGGAGCAUCUCCACAAAGUGGACGGAAAAAUGCUGCAGCUGAAGGAGCCUUGCUACCACCAACACCCCCUUCACCUCGGAACCUGAUACCCCACGGGCACAGGAAAUGUCACAGUCUGGGAUACAAUUUCAUCCACAAAAUGAACACAGCAGAAUUUAAAAGCGCCACAUUCCCCAACGCAGGACCACGGCACCUCCUGGAUGACAGUGUCAUGGAGCCCCAUGUCCCAUCCCGAGGGCAGGCCGAGAGCUCCACCCUUUCCAGUGGGAUUUCAAUAGGUAGCAGUGAUGGUUCUGAACUCAGUGAAGAGACCUCRUGGCCAGCAUUUGAAAGGAACAGGUUGUACCAUUCUCUCGGUCCGGGGACAAGAGUGUCACGAAAUGGCCAUCGAGGCCACAUGAAGGCCAGCAGCUCCCUAGAGUCUGAAGAUUUGGCUGUUCAUUUGUAUCCAGGAGCAGUUACUAUUCAAGGUGUUCUCAGGAGGAAGACUUUGUUGAAAGAAGGCAAAAAACCUACAGUAGCAUCUUGGACAAAAUACUGGGUAGCACUGUGUGGAGCCCAACUCUUCUACUACGCUGCAAARUCCCUGAAGGCUACAGAGAGAAAACACUUCAAAUCCACACCCAGUAAGAGCGUCUCGGUGGUGGGCUGGAUGGUGAUGAUGGCAGAUGACCCUGAGCAUCCAGAUCUCUUCUUACUGACUGACUCUGAGAAGGGAAAUUCAUAUAAAUUUCAAGCUGGAAACAGAAUGAAYGCAAUGCUCUGGUUUAAACACCUGAGUGCUGCCUGCCAAAGCAACAGACAACAGGUUCCUGCCAACUUGAUGACUUUUGAAUAACAGGCAAAUUCAAAACAAUAUAGAAAGGACAAUUUAAACCAUCUCGUAAUUGAGAACGAGGUCCUGAUGAAAAAUGUGCCAGCUGUAUUCUGUGCCAGAACAGAACCUGUCAACUCGAUCUCUGAACUCUGGAGCCCUGAACAAAACCACUAAUGGUUGGGGAGUGGAGUCCCCCGAAUUAAAAAUGGAGUUGCAACAUGAAUUGCCAUGGACCAUGAUUCAUUAUGUUCUCAGAACUGACCUGUGGAAACCACUGCCUUAAAGAAUGAAAGGAGAAACAACAUGAAACACCAAAUAGUGUGUGUGAAACUUCUGGCGGUGCUGUGCUUGAGUUAAAUAGAUUGUAGCUAGUUUUGAGUUUCUUUUAACUUUAUACUAAUUUUGAAAAUAACUCACCUUUUUAGGCAUUCUUAAGAAAACAGGUAAAUGGUAUUUAAGAGUUGUAUCAAAAGCUGUGUAUGAACUGGGUAAAAGGUACUCUAUGUUCUGGAGAUGUUGUUUAGACUAUACCAGGAGCCCUGGAGGGAAGCUUGUCCCAGGCACACUUAGCCUGGAGCAGUGUUAUUUCUCUCUGACCUACAAGUAUAAGAAAUGUAACACAACUGUGAGUUUAGAGCAGCUCUGAGCUUGCAAACCUUGGUCCUGUGCAGGAGCCCGACUCUGACAAUGGUACAGAGGCUGAGCCAAAAAUCAGUUUGGUGUGUUUUGACCUAAUUGGAGCUUAAAAGUACGUGGUUCAGGCAGUCAGGGGGUGUGUGUGUGUAAGAGACAAAACUGAAAGCACUGCUGGGUCAGAACUGAGUGUUUUCAUCCCAUUUGUUUCUACACCUGUGACUCUCCUCCACAGAAAAGCUGAAUGACAGAACACCAACACUUGGGUACAGCUCACUGAGAUGAUUGACUCUGGCUAUCUGCUAAUUAUCAGUUAGGGACCACUGUUAGUGUGUGGUGUUUCAUAAUAUCACUUCAGAUGGACAUUUUAAAAAGAUAGAGGCACAAUUUCAAGCUUUCGUGUUCUCAUUUGGCAAUAAUUGAUUUUAGUAUCUGUCUUGGUCAAAGUAGUUGACRUUGUGUGGUGUUGAUAACAUGGCCUAUAGCAGACCUUACAUACAGAAGCUCUUUUGAUCUUCAGGCAAUUAACUAAUUUAUUAGAAGGUAGGAUAACCUAAGGAGAGAAAAGGUGUGGGGCCAUCAAAAKUUCAUCCUUAACAGGAAUCAUUCUUGGUCACUGAAAUUACUCACGGAGAAAAACAUAAUGGUUGUAAAAAGGGAGCUGUGCUUUAUGUGUGUGUUUGAUGCUUAAGACUUUGAUUCUUGCUUUAUUGGGUUUCCUUGACGUCACCUAGUUUCCUGGAUGAUUAGUCUUUAAUCUUCAAAAGUAUGAUCUUUGUAAAGCAAGGAAACAUUGUCCAAAAUAUGACUCUAAUAUGGAACUUUGAAGUCUGUGAAAAAGUAGUAACUGUUCCAUUGGCAUUGUGGUUUAGUGGCCGUAAAUAUGCUUGCAGAUUCCACCAUGAAUUCUCCUUUUURAACAGAAACAAGCUACCUACCAGUCUGUUUCAGAGUUCUCUGACUAUCUAAUAAAGGUUUCUACUGGUAGUUGUUAUUUUGAAAAUGUAUAGUUUGUUUAUUGCAUCGGAGUAGAAGCCUGUAAAUUCACUUUUGAGGGUUGUUUUUUUUCCAGAGUCAAAUCAAUUGUGUAAUGGAAAUGAUUAAUUUCUGAUUUCUGGCGGGCAUAAAAAUAGAAGGAUAAUGCAGUCUCACAGUAAAAAAAAACAAAAAAAAACAAAAAAAAAUUCACUUGGUGAUGUAAAUGGUAAUAGACUGGUUUAUGUUUCCAAGAAUUGUUCUGAAUUGGCUUUUGGUAGAAAGAAARCAGUAGAAGGAUGCUUCUGUUCGAAUUACACCACAAGGAAUAUGAGAAUUUGGCUCCCCUUSCAAUUCUUUUGUUGCUGUUUUUUUAUAUGGGGAAUAAAUAGUCUGUUCUGAAGUCAUGAAUUUUGGGAAGGGGUUGCUUGUGCUGAAUCCCUCURCAAUUCACACAUCUCCCCAGUUUACCCACGUUGGGUGUAUAGUAAAGACAACAUCCUCACAGCCAGCAGUGUUACUUAGUAGACUUUGCACAACUUGAGUUUGGUUUUUUUCUGUUUUAAAACUUACUUAAUGUGUGUUGCUUCUCAAUGACUAAGUGUUUGUUUGGGUUUUUUUAACAAUGUGUGUCCUUUUUUUAAGCAUUGUGGAUAAUAGCCUGUGGAUUUUGAAUUUUUAAAUAAGCUAUUCUAGUUUCCUUGCAGCAUAACUGUGUCUAUUCUUUUGUUAGUGAAAGGAAACAUGCAACCAGGAGCCACAGCCUGACAACCCACAGCUUUGUUAGGGACAGAGCCAGGUCAGGACGUGUCAUUUAUUACUUGAUUUUUGCAUUUUCCAGCUGUUUUGAGUUAGGUUUAUAUGGUAGGAGGAUGGUGGGGAGAACAAUUCAUAAAUSAUCCUUUAAUGAAUUGUUGCUGCUACCAGCUUUCAUUGUCCUCAGGCCUCCUACUCUUCCUUGCUUUCUGCCCUCAGGUAUGCUGGUUUUUUGUGGGAGAGAUUGAAUAUUGUGGGAGGAGUUUCUUAAAAUGUGUAGCCAGAAUAACUGGAGUGAGUAAUGACAACACAGCAAAUAUUUUUGGCACUUGUUCCAGUGAGUAGUUCAGUACUUUCCUGUUGUUUACAGCCUCUCUGGCCACUUUGUCCUACAGGGCAACACACAAACAUUUCUAUGGCUUGAGAUAAAUGGUGCUCAGAAAGAGCUGCUGGCUUUGUUCCCUCAGCUAAGCCUUGGAAGACAAGUCAGAUACACUGUGAAGAAUGUACUAAUGCUCUUUUUUUU